UGGAUACGGUGUGUUCGCUGUACCACUCCUUCCAGGAGGGCUCUGGAGGUCUGAUGGAGGGCCAGGAGCAAACAGGACCAGAGGCUCCCACGCUCAGGCCCUGUCCGCGUCAUAUGUCCCCCACAGAGAGGCUGCGCAAGGUCAUCCAGGAAUUAGUAGACACGGAGAAAUCCUACGUUAAGGAUCUCAACUGCCUGUUUGAAAUUUACUUGAAGCCCCUGCAAAAGGAGACCUUUCUCACACAAGACGAGAUGGAAAGUCUAUUUGGCAGCCUUCCAGAGAUGCUGGAGUUCCAGAAGGUUUUCCUGCAGACCCUGGAAGAGAAGAUUAGUUCCUUCCCCAACUUUAAUAUGCUCGAGACGCCUGUACAGUUCAAGAAGCUGCUCUUCUCAUUGGGUGGUUCGUUUUUGUAUUACGCAGAGCACUUCAAACUUUACAGUGGCUUUUGCGCCAACCACAUUAAAGUGCAGAAGGUUCUGGAACGAGCUAAAACAGAUCGAUCGUUUAAGGAGUUCCUCGACGCAAGGAAUCCAACCAAGCAGCACUCGACCACACUAGAGUCCUACCUAAUCAAACCGGUGCAAAGAGUCCUGAAAUACCCCCUGCUGCUGCGCGAGCUGGUGUCGCUAACAGACACAGACAGUGAGGAACACUACCACCUCACAGAGGCACUGAAAGAAAUGGAAAAAGUCGCAAGCCACAUAAAUGAAAUGCAGAAGAUCUAUGAAGACUAUGGUGCGGUAUUUGACCAGCUGGUAGCAGAGCAAAGUGGCACCGAGAAAGAGGUCACAGAGAUUUCUAUGGGACAGUUCCUCAUACAUUCCUCAGUGAUCUGGCUCAACCCAUCAUCGCUGGGCCGUAUGAAAAAGGAUCCCGAGUUGAAUGUUUUUGUUUUUAAGAGAGCUGUGAUACUGCUGUACAGGGAGAAUAACAAAGUGAGAAAGAAGAUGCCAACUUCAAAAUCAGCUCAUGGAGAGCAGGAUCCAUUCAAGUUUCGCUGGCUCGUUCCCCUGUCAGCGCUACAGGUUAGACUGGGCAAUGCAGCAGACACAGACUGCAUCUGGGAGCUGAUCCACACCAAAUCACAAAAAGAGGGCAGGCCUGAGACGGUGUUCCAGUUGUGUAGCAGCACCCCAGAAUGCAAAGUGAAUAUCAUCAAGGUGAUUCGCUCCAUCCUGCGAGAGAACUUGCGUCGUAACAUGCAAAGACUUGAGCAACAGCCUGAGAGAACCUGUAAAAGCGCCCUAACUCCUCUUGAAACUCUGCCAACUUCUGCUAGGCUAGGUUCUUCUCGACCCUUUUUGCUCUCCAAGCAGCCUUCAAAUGAAAGUUCCAGCCCCAACAACGAUCCUCUGAGGCUGUCUCUACCAGACUCGGACACAGCCAGCGUGAGCAGCGGAACCACCAGCAGUGCCAGCGCUCACCUGGAUCCUCCGUCUCGCCCGCAGCGGAGCGGCCUCAGAGAGUCCAACAUCAUCAGUGACGAGGACAACGAGCCCAACGAGUUCAAAGACUGUCCCAGUGCCAUCGAGGCCCAGUUCUGCAGGCUCCGGCUGACCGAGGAGGCCUCCCAGGCACCCGCUCCCCAUGUGCUUCCAGAGAGCGGGGAAGUGGACACUCCGGAGAGACAGUCUUCUAUAAAGCGAGCUCACUUCAACGCGGUAAAGCGCAAACCUGGCCGAGGCACUAGCAGUCUCAGACGCGGCCAGGGGCCCCUACUGAACAUGCGUCGACAUAGCCACUCUUUGGACAGCCAGACUGAGACGAUGGCGAAUAACGUGGACCUUAACUCACUACUGGAGAAGGAGUUCAGCGUGCAGAGCCUGACCUCUGUUGUCAAUGAGGACUUCUUCUAUGACAACACUGCGGAGGCCAAAAACAUGACCAGUUCAUAGUGAAAGUCAUCCAGCAAUCACAGAAAAAAAGCAGAACAUGGUUUCAGAGCCUACAUGCUUGACUUAAUCCCAUACAGCUUUCUAAAGUUAUUAGCCAAUUCAGGGAAGCAACUGAGGCCAGACAAUUCAUUCGCACCUUUUGUGGAACCACAGUUUGACAGACAUUCAUUUGAAAUGGUGUUAAGUGUUUCGUGAUUCUCCAUGAUCCACAGCACUAAUUCGCUGAACUGGCCACAUUGCAACCGUUUUGCUCCAGAGAACAAAAUUACCUGCCUUCACUCUUUUUACGUGGCAUCCUGAUGCAAAACUAAGACCAGACUGCUCUCCCACACACACAUACUAGGAUCUCUCCGGCUACGAGAACUGAAUUGUCAGGUUUUUAAUUUUGCCUUGUGUUUUGGACACUACAUAUGCUUCUUGCUGCUUCUAAGCAUUGCUUCUUUUUUGUCAUGGGUUUGCUUUGUAUAAACUUUUAUUUAUUAGCAAGUUUUUUUUAUAUUUCUUUUUAACAGGAAUCCAAACUUAUACUUUUGUUACAAAAACAUGGUCGGUUGUAAACAAUAAAUCAGGAUUAAAUGUGCUAUGCUGGAAAUGUAUCUCUAAAUUAAAAGCCUGCAGUUGUCCUUUUUUAGUAUGUUCAAAUGUGUAAAUAGUAUUUUUUUUUCAUGGAUUACUGUAACUUAAUUUUAAGAGUUUAUAUACUUUUGACACUUCACAG